GGCUCGCAGCACCAUGAGGAGUUUCUCCGUGGCCUCACUUGUUCUCUUGGCUCUUGUCCUGAGUGUCCACCUCGGAGCCUCCACACGUGGCAGUGAGGUAGCCAAGUUCUGCUGCUUUCAGUUCAGUAACAGGAUAAUUCCCUGGAAGAAAGUGCAAAUGUAUGAAUUCACGAAGGUCAGCUGCUCCCGGAAGGCUGUGAUCUUUACCACUAAAAGAGGCCUGAAAGUCUGUGCACAGCCAGAGGAAAAAUGGGUGCAAAAAUACAUUUCCUUGCUGCAGUCCCAGCAACAGCUGGGAUAAUAGCAUUUUCAGCUCACGGACACGGCCCCAUCCUGCCCACCCCACACACAGCUCUGCUGCCCUCUGUGGAGACCCAGAGAAUUUGCUCAACAGAAAGCUUCGUGGAACUGGUGGGAGAGUGUAUUUGCU